AUGUCAUAUUCCGGAAAAACAUUGUCGUCGUCCGUAUCCAGGAGAGUGGCAGACGUCAGAUUUCGGAACAAAUCGUCUCAGCUCGGUGGACCUGACACCGAUCGCCGGGCUAACGUGUGGAAAAAAAUUUUGGACGACGUUUGUGAUCAGUGUUCGCUGCACGGCCUCAACCACAUCGUCGGAAAGGACAGGAGCACCGGAGAGAAAACCUUCUGGUCGGUAACUGUAAUAUGCGCCGUGCUGUUUGCCACUUACGCGAUCGUCGAAUCGUGGAAGUCGUACAACAAGAGCAUGAUCGACACGGUGGUCGAGACGACUUUUUUAAGUUACGCCGACAUAGCGUUUCCGAUGGUGGUGGUAUGUGACAAUUCAAGGGUGGACUGGCAACGGGUCAUGCGGUUAACCGCACGGUAA